GUAGCAGCCAAGACAAAAAUAUUAAUUGCUCUUAGUAAUGCUAGAGGUUCAUUAAUAAUUUUCAUGGCGUAUUGAAAGAAGAGGACAAGAUGAAAUUACUUUUUCUAGCUUCGCUAUUUACAAUUGCAUCUUGUUCGUCAUUAGGCACGGAACGAAGUUUUUCGGAAAUAGUAAAGGAAAUUUCCGGAUCAUCAAACACAACAAGCUUUGAAGUUGGAAAAAUAAAGAGUCUUCUCGAUCGAAUUGGUUUCAAAAAUUGUAGUUUAGAAAGAAGACAGACAGAUUGUCAGUUGUGUUUGGGAGCUAGCAGCCUAUUAACAUGGAGUAAAUACGCCAACAAUGUGCCUCUCAACAGAUCUCAGUUCAAAGGACUUUUUCCCAGUAUUCUGUUUCUCCUGACCCCCAUCCAACCAGGAACUGUUGGUGCCGUGUGCAACAAGUCAGCAACGCAACAAGCGAAAAACUUCACGCAAAGCGCUUUCAAGUCUCUACUACGGCAAUAUGGGGGAGUUUCUUCACUUACUGAAAGUCAUGUCGAUAAACUUCUGGACGAUAUCAACUCCACACUUAACUGGAGACUGACAAAAAAGCCGUGCUUUGAUGUAGAUGAUGCUUUUAAAGGAUCUGGCUUGUCAGAGUCUGUGAAAAACGAGCAAGAUCUAGAAAACUUCAGUGUUUAUUUGAUUCUGCAAUUGUUAGAGGGACAUUGCAUUGCCAAACAUGGAGAUAAAAAGAGUUCACUCCCAAAGGCAAAAGAGUUUAUGGAUUCAAUUUUCAAAGAGUUUGGAAAAAAUGGUACAAUUAGUCUGGAAAAAUUUGAAUCGCUACUUAAGAAACUUGGGAUAGGAAAUGAGACAACAUCCGGUACUUCAUCAACAGGAACGGGUCAUUCAGGACAUGAUCAUCGUAAGCGGAGGUCCAUUGGCACUGACGAGCAUUCUAGAAAGAAGCGAAGUGUUCCUGGAGACAGUCAUGUCAACAAGUGCUUUACUCCAGAGAAUCUUCUGAGCAUUCAUUCUAUCAACCAGAAGGUUGGCCUAAAUGAAGCCCAGUUCAAGGACGUUUGCCCCUCCUUGGUCCAGCAGAUCGAAAGUGGCUCAUGCAAACCAAAGACCAGUACCGUUAAAAAGACAUCUUCCAAAGAAACAGGCUGGAAGCCAUGGGUCAGUGCCAUCGUUGCGGUUUUGAUAAUCAGCCUUGGAUCCCUGGUCGGUAUCCUCCUGGCACCUUUCAGUGAAGAGAAAAGCUUCACUUUUAUUUUAACAUUCCUGAUUGCCCUGGCUGUGUCGACAUUACUUGGUGAUGCUAUUUUGCAUCUGUUUCCUCACUCUUUAAAUCUUCAUAAGCAUGAAGAAGGUUCCAGCCAUGCUGAGGAAUCAAUAACAGGAAAAAACAGUUUUAUUUGGAAAAGUUUGGUCUUUCUUCUUGGUGUCUAUGUAUUCUACUUGUUUGAAUUGUACAUGCAUUCUGCUUCCAAGCAUAAGCAUAGCCACGGACUAGAAGAAACACACCAGCAUGUUGGCAAAGGCCGAUCUCACAGUAUGGUAUCUGGCCCUGUUGAAAUAAUUCACGACCGUCAGAAAGAUGGGGACAACUCUCUGAAUAGAAAUGCUUUGAUACCAACUGCAUCUGGCAUGCACAAAUGCGAUGAAAAAACAUGCAUUGAGCUGGACGCUAUUGAAGCGAAAGUAAAGGACACCUCAGAGGUGUAUGUAAACCAAAAAUGCUCGAACGGCAACUCACGUGAUAAUCUAAAAGACUCAUCAAAAAAGAAUGGCGUGCAUGAAAAAAAUGAAAAUGGUCACGCGCAUGUUGUCACUAAAGAAGGUCCAAGAUGGAGAAGUGUUGCAUGGAUGGUCCUUAUGGGAGAUGCCAUUCAUAAUUUCUUAGAUGGCGUUGCCAUUGGCGUUGCUUUCACUGAUAAGUUUCCAACAGGCUUUUACGGUGGCGUCAGUACUUCAAUUGCUAUUCUAUGUCAUGAGCUGCCACAUGAACUUGGGGAUUUUGCAAUUUUGAUCCAGUCCGGUUUGCCCAUCAAGAUGGCACUCUUGCUAAAUUUCUUGUCGUCAUUAACAUCGGUUUUUGGCGCCCUGAUAGGAGUUUCUCUGGGACAAGCCAUGGACGCAACCUCUUGGAUAUUUGCCUUAACAGCUGGGCUCUUUGUUUACAUUGCGUUGGCAGAUAUGUUGCCAGAGCUGAUUCACAGUGGAGAACUGCGACAUGCACCUUUGAAAACCGUGAUUGUUCAAAACGCUGGAUUAUACUUGGGGUUCGGUAUCAUGAUUUGCCUUGCAAUAUUCGAGGAAGAUAUUAAGCUCUAGAAAAUGUCAUUUGUCACAGACAAACCAUUGAUGUAUAGUAAGAUUUCGUAGCUGAAGUUUUCUAGAAAUUUUGUUCUUAGUAGUCUUAUGAAAAGUGUCAUUUCAAGUCAAUUUCCAAAGUCAUUUUUAUACAUGAAGGUAGUCGACCCUGUUUUUAUUUCAAUUAAUAGGCUCAGAUAAAACUACUACAAUUUGUAUAAUUGCUUGAAUGUUAAUAGCGACCAUAUCUUUUCUGGUCAGCUGAAUGUUUUGGGUUAUAUGAAAACUUUAUCUCACUCUAUUUCAAUGAAAAGGUAAUUGACUCCGAACAUAAGGCUAUAACUUUAAAUCAAGAAUAAUUUCAUACAAAAACAAUUAGCGUAAUCAAAAUUGUUUGAUUAUGUGGCAUUUUCAAACUCCAUUGAAACUUCUUCAUUGUCCCAGGAUUGAUACAACAAUCGGAUAUUAUUUCCAAGGAAAUUUUCAGGAAAGAUUUAAAGCAUGGUCCUAUGUUUUUUGAUCAAUUUUGUGAUAAAAUUCGUGGAUUUGUUUCUAAAUUUACCUAUCAAAAAUAUUCUAGGAAAGAAUAUUCAACACAUAAAAGUUUCUGCUUCCAAAGUGCCCAUUUUUGUUUUACAGUUCAUUAAUUUCCAACACCCAUUUAUAUUUUGAGAAAUUAGUCCCUAUUUGAUAGUGCCUUGAUAAAACUGAUUGGCAGCUUAGGGCUUGACAAAACUAUACCUUCUCAAACUAUAAGAUAUCUGUGAAUUAGGUCAGUAAUUUUUCUAUCACUUUGAGUUAUAGUAUAAAACAAUUUCUCUGGAAGUAUUGCCGAAUUAUGUACUUUUGCUGCUGAUUUUUGUUAUUUAAUGUUAGCAAUUAAACUGGCCGAAUUUACUAAGUUCAUUUCCUUGAAAUUAUUAUUAUAGGGGUUCUUGUGAAAUAUGAACUUGUAGUUUCAUUGUUAAUGAUAUGUAUAAUGGGCUUGGUUUCAUGGUCGUAUGAGCAAGCAGGUAACUAAGUUGUCUUGCAGAUAUUUCUUGUUCAAUUUUGAGUGUCUGACAUUGCAGGCAUUGUCAGUAGUGAUAUUAUGUUUGGUGUUUUAUUUUAUUUCUCUAAAUGCAUUGGAGUGGCAAAUGAAUUUUGACGGAAGACUGUAAUUCAUUGUAACAAUAUUAUCCAUAUUUUAACCACACAUUUGAAAUCACCAUAACUUAUGAUUUCAUUUUUAUUCAAAAUUUUAAUAACUGAAUAAACCCAAAUGACAAUGUUUCUCAUAUGGGUAUUAAAAUGACAUAAUGUGUAAUGGAUUAAGCAGAGAGUUUGGAAUGGCUCAAGAAUCUUUUUUGUAGCCUGGAAGAAAAUAUGUUUCAAUUUUUGCAUCACAUAAGCCAUUGCUUUGAAACAACAAUGACCCGGCAAAUAGUAAAAUGGAAUCCAGGCCCUAUGUUUUUUGCUAGAAGAGACCUUCAAUAAUAAGCUGAAUAAGCACAUUGAAACAUCAUUUCCCACCUUCCAUGAAAAGCCUUAAAAUGAAGACUGUUAUUAUCACAAACCAACUUUGCAUUUUGUUGUACAGGUUUGUUUUCUUUAUGAUUCCCUAGAUCUCCUAUGUGGGGGUAAUUGCCACUUUUACUGGGAAGAAGUCACCAAUUUGCACUGCAUGUUGAUUUCUGGACUAAGUCACAUAGAAUCUUAGCCCUUUGGAGCAAAGCUGCUAUUAUGCAAAUUUCUUUUCCCACCUUUUUGCCAUGCAUAACUUGAACCUUUAAAAUGAUAAUUUGGUAGAGGCUUGUUAUUUAAAUAAAUGAAUUCAGGUUUUACAUACUCUUGGAAACAAUGCUCAUUUAGCAUUGUGAGUAUUUAAUUUUUAUUGUUUAAUCAUAGACCAUUUUUAGUGUGUAGCAUAAAUCCUAUUCCAUUGUUUGAUAGUUGUGUAGCAAAGGUAAUUUUGAAAUACUUUUGAACUUUGUUUUGGCUGUAAAUUUUUAUGUCCAAUGAAUAGGGUUUUGUGGUAAACUGUACUAGCUUGAUAUUAACAA